CGCCACGUCAGUUCAAGGAGUAAGGAGUCCAUGAAACUACGCCGCAGUGUUCUGCAUCAUGACCAUCGAGGAAUGUGCCCCGCUACCCACCUUUGACAUUACACCCGCGGCGAUUCUAGACCAUGCCAAUCAGGUUAUCCGCCGGGUCCAGCUGGACGUCAAUCAUUUAAUCGACACAGUGGUAAUUGGGGAUGCCACGGUUGAUACUCUAGUGCGUCCACUAGGCAACAUAGACAAUGAGUUCAAGUAUCACAUUCAGUACAUUGCCCUAUUCCAAUCAGUCGCGCCGUCCCCGGAUCUGCGCAAAGCAUCGUCAGAGGCAGUAAACCUGGUUAAUCAAGCUUACCUAGCACUGUUCCAAAAUGAGCGCCUAUUCUAUCUGGUCGACACCGUGUAUAGCAAGGUCAAUGAUGACUAUGAAGAUGGCGAGUCCAUACGUCUCCUGUCGAGAUUCCAUCGCAUGUUUGUCGAUAAUGGCCUCCGUCUGGCUGGGGCAGAUCGCGAUCGGUUUCAGCACAUCGUGAAGCGGUUGCUUGAAUUGCGUGUCCAGUUCAUGGACACCAUUGCCACCGACCCGGGGAGUCUGUGGAUAGCGACAGAUGAGUUGAAGGGCCUCGAUGAGGGCAUGCUGAAGAACCUCGAACGGGGUCCUUCGGGGACUAGUCGUAUUCGUUUGGAUCGGCCGACAGUCAGUAUGAUUCUGGGAAAAUGCAGCGUGGCUCAAAUCCGGCGAGAUGUUUUCCUCGGUAGUCAGUCAAUCUACUCUCAAAAUGUCAAAAUAUUCCAAGAUACUAUCACUCUGCGACAUGAAGCUGCCCGACUACUCGGGUUCCCGUCGUUCGCAGCACAACAACUACUGCAUCAGCUGGUUAAAUCCCCCGGCGCUGUCACAGACCUCCUGGAGGACCUCGAGCAUAGAUUGCAGCCACUUGCGAUCCGCGAGUUACAAGGCUUACGGACAUUCGCUGGUCUAGAAUCACCGCUUUAUCUGUGGGAUUUCGACUACUAUCACCGCCGCAUGCUGCAAGAACAGUAUUCUGUCAGCCAUGAUUUAAUCUCCGAGUAUUUCCCAGCUGAACAUACAAUUCAGCGGAUGCUGGGCAUCUUCGAAAGGCUAUUCGGAUUAUCCAUUAGGGAAGUUACAGAGAAGACCGACCGGAAUGUGUGGCACUCUGAUGUCAGGAUAUUCGCAGUACGCGACAGACAAGAGUCUUCAGGCUCCUUCCUAGGCUACCUGUAUACGGAUAUCUACCCUCGGCCAGGGAAAUACAACCAUGCCGCCAAUUUUAACAUCCAUCCUGGAUUUCGAAGGAAAGAUGGGAGUCAAUCUCCCGUCGCCACGGCUCUUGUGUGCAAUGUAUCGCCAGCUACAGCCGACCGACCGGCGCUUCUGCAGCACAGGGAAGUCAUCACGCUGUUCCAUGAACUAGGACACGGAAUGCAUGAUCUCCUAGGAAGAGCCAAGCACGCUCUAUUUUCCGGCCAUCGAACUGUGCGAGACUUCGUCGAGGCACCCAGUCAGCUGCUGGAAUACUGGUGCUGGGUACCAGAGUGUUUGCAACAGCUCAGUUGCCAUUACACGUACCUGCCGGAGUAUUGUGAGCGAACUUUGGCUGAGGGGACUGUGAAAGAUGCCAGCCGACCACCGAGAGAGAUACCCGAGGACCUAGUCAAGGGACUUGCUGCUGUCAAACAAGUCAAUCAGGGUAUCCUGACCCUGCGACAGGUUGCCUUUAGUGCAUUCGAUAUGGAAAUCCAUGGCGAGCACGGCCAGGAAAUCUCGGAAGGCAAUGGCAUUGCCGAGCGAUACAAUUCGUUACUACAAGAAAUGACCCUCCUCCGGGGCCCUGAGGAAGUCAACUGGGGCCAUGGAUAUGCCACGAGCCAACAUUACAUGUGGGGCCAAGAGGCCAACUACUUUUCAUACCUCUACACACGGACCUUGGCAGCGGACAUUUGGACCUCCAACUUUCGUGACGAUCCCAUGAGUGCGGAAGCUGGACUCCGCUAUCGACAAAUGAUACUCGCCCACGGCGGUAGUAGAGACGAGUUGGAGAUGCUCAGGGAGUUCCUGGGACGAUCUCCGUCUCCGGAAGCAUAUCUCGGGGAUCUAGGGGUCGGGGAAAGCAUAGCUACUGAGUCAUGA